AUGCGUGACGUGCUGCAGCUGCAGCAGCAGCAGCAGCAGAAGCAGCAGCAACUGAUGCUGCAGCAGGAGCAGAAACAACACCCGCAGCUGCUUGUGACCGAAGCCAGCAGCAGCAGCAGCAGCAGCAGCAACAGCAGCAGCAGCAGCAGCAAGAAGGUUGCUGGUUGCAGCGACUCGGGUCCGCUGCAUCUGCUGCGUGCGGUGUCUGCGCAGCUGCCACCGCGAGGAGCAGCAGCAGCAGCAGCAGCAGCAGCAGCAGCACGAGAGCUGCGGCGUUCUUCGUUUGCAUGCAUCAAAGAGACACUGGAGCGAAGCCCCACGCUGCUGCAGCUGCGUCGUGUUGCUGCCUGGCAGAAGGAGGUGGCGCAGCAGCUGCUGACGAGGCGUGCAGCAGCAGCAGCAGCAGCAGCAGUGCUGCUGCUGCUGCUCUUUGCUGCUGCUGUCUUCGUUGCUUUCAUACAACUUGCUGCUGCUCCUUACUUCGCUCCUGGGGGGCAAGCACUGCAUGCGCUGGAGCGGCUGCUGCUGCUGCACCGAGCGCAGCAGCAAGCCCCAGCAGCAGCAACAGCAGCAGCAGCAGCAGCAGCAGCAGCAGCAACAGCAGCAGCAGCAGCAGCAGGAGGGAGAGUACGCAGAGCAACUGUUGCUCCUGCUUUUCAUAGAUUGUAUGAGAGCUCUCUAUACCCCGACACAGACGAGUUGCUGCUGCCUGCUGCUGCUGCUGUGGUUUACAGCCCCUGGAUUGCUGCUGCUGCUGCAGCGCCAGGAUCAGCAGCAGCAGCAGCAGCAGCCAGUGCUGCUGCUGCUGUACCUCUAGGAACUUUGGAUGAGCUGCUGCAGCCGCUGCACCCAUUGCUAGCACUGGAGCUGCAGCAGCAGCACCAGCGGAAGCAGCAGCAGCAGCAGCAGCAGCAGCAGCAUGAGUCGCUUCGUGCUGCUGCAUGCACUCGCGAGUUGCUGGGGACUCACUCUCACUACUUUUUAACGACUGCUGCUACCCCCAGACACCAGCAGCAGCAGCAGCAGCAGCAGGAGCAGCAGGAACAGCAGCAGCAGCAGCAGCAGCAGCAGCCAGCAGCAGCAGCAGCAGCAGCAGCAGCAGGGUUGCAGCAUUUAUGUAGCAGCAGAUGCUUUAGCUGCUGGUGCUUCUCCUUUUGCUGCUCCCUCGUUGCUGCAGUGUUCUAUACAGCAGCAGAAAGAGACAGAGGAGAUUGCUGCUGUCUUUGCUUCUUCUGUCUUUACUUUUAUCAUCACAACAACCCCACCAGAGGCCAUCGCCUCUCUCAGCAGCAGCAGCAGCAGCAGCAGCAGCAGCAGAAGCAGCAGCAGCAGCAGCAGCAGAAGCAGCUGCUGGGGGGCCCCUCAGCAUCCUGGGUACUGCAGCAGCAGCAGCAGCAGCAGCAGCAGCAGCGGUGGCAGCAGCUGCAGCAGCAGCAAAGAAACGCAGAGAAGGGCCUGCUGCUGCUGUCGCUGCUCCCGGGGGCCUUCGUGUACUACCAAGCCAAUCCCCUGCCUCGCCGCAAGAGGCUGAGGAGACGCGCAGCGCAGCAGCAGCAGCAGCAGCAGCAGCAGCAGCAACAGCAGCAGCAGCAGAAGCAGCAGCAGCAGAAGCAGCAGCAGUAA